ACAACUAAAGUUUUUCUUUCCUGUCUGUUUUUCUUUUUUUCUCUCCUUUGUAAACAGAACCACGACAAAACUGAAGGUCUUUUAGGAAAGAUCGUGUUUCUCCACCCCACCCUUUCGACAUUAUUCUUUUUGAGUGUCCUUCGUUGUCAAGCCGCCAAAGUGGAGAGUGUGGUUGCAGAGGGGGGUGCUUCUCGUUUCAGUGCUUCUUCGGGAGGAGGAGGAGGAGGAGGUCGGGGUGCGCCUCAGCACUAUCCCACGACUGCCAGUAACAGCGAGCUCCUGGGGAAAACCCCAGGGCCUAGCGUUCAGAGAUGGGUUCCUUCACGAAGCACUAGACGAGAUGCCAACUCCUCAAACGAAAAAGAACACCACGAUGCAAUCUUCAGAAAAGUGAGAGGCAUACUCAAUAAACUGACCCCUGAGAAGUUUGACAAGCUAUGCCUUGAGCUUCUGAAUGUGGGCGUGGAUUCAAAGCUUGUCCUCAAAGGAAUCAUCUUGCUGAUUGUAGACAAAGCCCUUGAAGAGCCCAAGUAUAGCUCGCUAUAUGCUCAGCUAUGUCUGCGUUUGGCAGAGGAUGCUCCAAACUUUGAUAACCAAACAUCUGAGAUCCAGUCAUCACAAAAGCAGAGCACUACAUUCAGGAGACUUUUGAUCUCAAAGCUUCAAGAUGAAUUUGAAAACCGCACCAGAAAUGUUGAUAUUUAUGACAAAAGAGAUGGCCCUCUUACCUCUGAAGAGGAGGAGCAGCGUGCCAUUGCUAAGAUCAAGAUGCUGGGCAACAUCAAAUUCAUUGGGGAGCUUGGCAAGCUUGAUCUCAUUCACGAGUCUAUCCUUCAUAAGUGCAUCAAAACACUUCUGGAAAAGAAGAAGAGAGUCCAACUUACAGACGUGGGGGAGGAUUUGGAGUGCCUCUGUCAGAUAAUGAGGACUGUGGGGCCUAGACUUGAUCAUGAGAAAGCCAAGUCUUUAAUGGAUCAGUACUUUAGCCGCAUGCGAUCCUUAAUGAACAACAAGGACUUGCCUGCAAGGAUUCGUUUCCUGCUGCAGGAUACUGUGGAGUUGCGAGAGAACAACUGGGUGCCUCGGAAAGCUUUCAUCGACAACGGACCUAAGACCAUCAACCAGAUCCGUCAGGAUGCAGUGAAGGAUUUGGGCGUGUUUAUUCCAGCUAUGACCCCAGGAAUGAGGACAGACUUCUUUCAAGAUAACCCCUUCUUGCCAACACGACUAAGCAGGGAGGUUCUCGGGGGAUUGGCUGAUAUGUUUGGACAAAUGCCAGGCUGUGGGAUUGGAACUGGACCUGGGGUUAUUCAAGACCGGUAUUCCCCCACCAUGGGGCGCCAUCGCACAAACCCGCUCUUCAAUGGCCACAGUGGCCACAUGGCUCCCGCUCCUCAGUCUCAGUUUGACAAGCCUUUCAUGAAACCCAAUCAGGGCCAGAAUCUGCUUUUCCAGAACCAGAAUCAGCAGCAAGCUCAGUCCAAGGACAUGCCGCCACGUUUCGGCAAGAAAGGACAGCUUAAUGCUGAUGAGAUUAGCCUGAGACCGGCUCAGUCAUUUCUCCUGAACAAAUCCCAAGUGCCAAAGCUGCAGCCGCAGAUUCCCAACAUGAUCCCUCCCAGCGCUCAGGCUCCACGCACAUCCACUCCACCGCUUGGACAGCCCCCACAGCUUGGCCUGAAGACGAAUCCACCUCCUAUUCAGGAGAAACCUCAGAAGACGAGCAAGAAACCACCUCCUGCCAAAGAGGAACUGCUCAAGAUGACUGAGACUGUCGUUAAGGAGUAUUUGAACACCAAGAAAAUCAGCAACGCUGUGAACGGGGUGAGGGAGAUGAGGGCACCUAAACACUUCCUGCCUGAGAUGUUGAGCAAGAUGAUCGUGUGCUCUCUGGACAGUUCAGAUGAAGAUAAAGAGCAUGUCAGCAGUCUGUUCCACGCUCUGCGUACUGAGGGCCUCAUCGCCGGGGAUAACUUCAUGCAGGCUUUCCUUAACGUUUUGGACCAGUGUCCUAAGCUUGAGGGUGACAUUCCCCUGGUGAAGUCCUAUCUGGCCCAGUUUGCUGCACGUGCCAUCAUCGCUGACCUCAUGAGCAUCGCAGACCUGGCCCAUCCUCUGGAGAACGGCAUACACUUCCCUCUCUUCUUGCUUUGCCUGCAGCAGACAGCCAAGCUGAAGGAUAAAGAGUGGCUCACUGACCUGUUCCAGCAGAGCAAGGUCAACAUGCAGAAGAUGCUGCCAGAAAUAGACCAAAACAAAGACCGUAUGUUGGAGAUUUUGGAGGGGAAGGGUCUGAGCUUCCUGUUCCCGCUCAUGAAACUGGAGAAGGAGCUGCUGAAGCAGAUCAAAGCAGACCCGGCACCCCAGACCAUCUACAAGUGGAUCAAAGAUAACAUCUCACCCAAACUUCACACCGAUAAGGGUUUCGUCAACAUCCUGAUGACCAGCUUUCUGCAGUACAUUUUCCACGAGGUGUUUUUGAACGAAGCCGACGAGCAGCUGUCCUCACCUUCGAAAGAACAGCUGGACCAGGAGAAGCAGCUGCUGUUCUCUUUCAAGCCAGUGCUGCAGAAGUUCCUGCACGAUCACGUGGAGCUGCAGGUCAGCGCUCUCUACGCACUGCAAGUGCACUGCAAUGCCAAGGCUUUCCCCAAAGGAAUGUUGCUGCGCUAUUUUGUCAACUUUUACGAUAUGGAAAUAAUUGAAGAAGAAGCCUUCCUUGCAUGGAAAGAAGAUAUUACCCAAGAGUUUCCUGGCAAAGGAAAAGCGUUGUUCCAGGUGAACCAGUGGCUGACCUGGUUGGAGACGGCUGAGGAAGAGGAGUCUGAAGAAGAGGCUGACUGAGGAAACCAGCCAAAGCCUUAAAAGGGUCUUUUACAUCAUGCUUUUCCCGCCUACCCAUUUCCACUCCCCCCUAAUCCCACUAUCAUCACUCAUACUGUCUCUUUCUUUUUUUAAGUAACCUGUCGCUUCAUUCCCCGCGUUCCUCCUCACCACACUUCGAUCCUCACACCUUCACCAUUUUAAAGCAUGUGAUGGUUUACUACGCUUAAAAAGCAACACCUACGAAACGGUAUUAUCGGCGUGAUUCUGCUCGUUUGUUUUGCUUUCGAAAACCAUGUAUUCAUGAAAGCCUUGUUUCCUGCUGCUGUAACACAACACAAGCGCAGAAAUGCACCUUGUGCUCAGUGUCAUGAGCUGUUGCAAUAUACGCUCCCUCGAUUGUUACAAAGAUCCCUCGACUGUAAUCACCGCGACCGUACAGUUUUAAUAGUCGGCAGUUCAUUUCUACCUCUUCAGCGAUGGGUUUUAGAGCGCCGAGUCGAAUCGAGUCCCUCCUUCAAACAGGCAGAUUUCUUCAAACUUACAUGGUGCUCGAGUCUGGGUCGAAAAGAAGAAUAAUAAACCCAUUGGUUUACUCACUCAUGCUGAUCUGAUUGUGACAAAGUAAAGCCAUGUGGGAGAAGAGUUCGACAGCCUUCUCUCUCUCCCUCCUUCUUUAUUUUACUAAAUCAUCCCGUCUUUGUCCCCUCCAUUACUCACCAAACUUUGAUACUUGAAAGUUUUUUUUUUUUCUUCUUCUUCUACUUUACAGCAUGUUCAGGGAUUUACCAAACAUGGCCUGUUUUCAGAUGCAGCAACCAUCGAUCGAAUCGAAACGUGCAUUUUUUUUAGACUUAAAAAAAAAAAAAACGAGAAGAAAACUUUUAAUUCGUGAAAUAAAGUGAAAAUGAAAUUGAACCGAUGUCAACUUUUGAGAACCACUCAGCUUAUGUAAACCUAAGUCCGUUUUCCAUAAUAUCUUACACAGAUAUUUAUUGAACUCUAUCAUUAAAAAAAACGACUGAUGCUUUAUCUAUAGGUAGAACAAUAAAAAUGGAUGCACAUGUGGUAUACGUCUGUACAAUGAAUUACUUGCUAUUUAAAGUGUUACUGUAAGAUGUAAGAGCUCUGAAUGUUCUGUGUACCACUCGCUUAACUUUCAAUAAAGUUACACACCAGGA